UUGGUUACGCUCGGAUAAUCAAAUUCUCUAUUCAGCCUCUCGGGCCCAUUGUUUACGCAGCGCGCGUACCAUUACCUGAGGAUUAUUGUAGUAGUUGGAGCCAGUGGAUGUUGUUCCUUACCGUUUUGUACGUACCCCUUGGGGGGUAUAGGAGAAGGAAAGAACAUCUCCUUAAAUACAUUUAGACAUCGGCUGCCUUCUUAAGGAUGCCGACACGAACCGAGCGACUGGGAAGGAAAAUUUGGUAGAGAUUGGAUGCCGGGAUUUGAUUAAGAAGUCUUUAUACGUCAAGACAGUGUUUCGAUUGUUGCUCGGGCGGUAAUAGGACUUAUGCUGCAGUCCAUUUUCCUGUUGAGGUACAAAGAGCGCAGGAAAUCCGAUUCGAACGGACUAAAGAGUCGGUACUGUUGGGAAGCCGGCCUGCUCGCGAGGUAACACGACUUACGAGAAGUCGAGAGGAGACAGCGAAGCAUGACCUGUUGACCGAAUGGAGUAGAAACGGUAGCAGAAACGUGUUCAAAUACGCGGUGGGUUUUCGACUUUUUUCUCGCCUCAUUUGAAAGAAACUACAGCUCUUAACAAAGUCGCUGUUGGACACGGAAAGACGGAGACAUCUACAGGGAAUUCUACAACGGGCAAAGGCGAAGACUAGGUACCAUGGUGUGCAUGUGGGUUGACAAGAGAGUUCGACGGGCCUUCAAACAUUGGGGAGUCUUGGUAGCCAGACGACCAGAACCCUUCGUCAUCCUACCCAUAGUUGCGACAGUAUUGCUCGGGUAUUUCGGACUGAUUCAUGUAGCGGUCGAGGACAACUUCGACUCUUUGUUUACACCGAGUUAUAGCCAAGCUCAACAGGAUGUGGCAAGGCUCCAGGCGCUGGGAUUCGAACCCUCUGACCUUACACUUGAGGCUGCUGCAAGGGUUAUUGUACAAGCGAGCGACGGUGGAAACGUGCUACGUCAAGAAAUCUUGCAAGAAGUCUUACUCCUACAUGAUAUCGUGCGCAACGUCAGUAACGAAAAGGGGGAGAAUUUUACGACGCUGUGCCGCAAUUCGUCCGUCGACGGGACGUGUUACGGUAACAAUGUGAUUAGGUUGCUGAUUACAAAUGGAACAGUCAUAUUGAAUAACCUGCGGUACCCUUACUAUGGGGCUGACAACAGUGACAAUUCCUCUGGGCAGUUCGUAGGGGACGAGUUAGGCGGAGUGUGGCUACGGCCGGAUGGAAGGACUGUACGCGAAGCCAGAGCGUUUCAGCUGUCGUACCACUUACGGACGCCAGGAGCGCAGUGGAUGGAAAACUUUCGGCAGGCCAUAGAAAACUUCUCGGCCGAAAACAUCACAGUCACCUACCUGACGUCCACGUCACUCAGCAGUGAGCUCAGGAGAAUGCCGGGAAGACUCCUGCCAUAUUUGGGAGGCAGUGCAGGGAUGGUGGCUCUGUAUUCUGUGUUGUCGUGCAUGAUGCUGGACUGUGUUCGGUCCGAGCCAUGGCUGGGACUCAUGGGAUCGCUGACGUCACUCAUGGCUCUGACGUCAGCUGUGGGCCUCUUGCAGCUCUGCGGAGAAAAGUUGACCACCAUUGAAAUGGCCGCCAUGUUUAUUUUUAUAGGCAGCAAAGUCGGUAGUACUCACACCCUACUCUGGGCGUGGCGAAGAACAGACCCUACCCUCUCCGUCCGCCAUCGAAUGGGCGCCGCCAUGGCGGACACCGCUGCGCCCAUCGCCAUUGGCUCUUUGACCGACUACGUCACGUACGCCGUUGGCAUGGCGACGUCGUUUCCCGCGGUUCGAUCGUUCUGCAUCUUCGCCAUAACCACCGCGGUGUUUUGUGACUUGUACCGGCUGAUGUUUUUCACGGCCUUCCUGUCCCUAUUCGGACACAGAGAAGACGGGAACAGACAUUGUCUGACGUGUAUGCGCGUGAGAACAGCCUCGUCACAGUCCCCCUGUUACGCGCUGUGUUGUGCCGGGGACGGAAUGCCGUCGGCACACGUCGAGAAGAGAUUGUCGGUGAUGCGUAAUAAUGUCACCAAAGAGGACAUGCAGAAUCCGCUGUUGGUUGCACCGUCCAAAGUGUUGCCGCGUUCGACUAACGCGUCCGUACAUUCGGCGGCAACAUUCCCCAUCUACCCGCCCCACACAGAACACACCGAUUCACCAGACAACUCCGCCCGAAAGUCGGCAGACCCUUUCAUGGCGGAGUUUUUCUCCUCCUACCUAGGUCAAUGGCUGAAGAAGCCAUGGAUGAAGUUUUUCAUCCUCUUGGUCUAUCUCGCAUACCUAGGCGCUGCAAUACGGGGUUGUGUUCUGGUGCAACCGGGACUAAAUCAUAACAAUCUUGCCGCAGAUGAUUCACAUAUUAGCACAUUUGCCACCCAAGAGAAGGAAUAUUUCACAAUUUACGGGCCCAGGAUAGACCUAGUCGUGACCAACAGAGGAAACUUUUCAGAUAAAGUGGUCGAAGAUAAUGUCGAACUGAAGCUCCAAUCGUUCAGCCAAAGUUCACUCUUCCAUAGUGAUUACGACGUUUGGCUACGCAGUUACACGGACACUUCAAGGGUGUCGAUUUUAGCAAAGGACGCUAGCACAAGUUCGCGCCAGGCAGAGAUUAUGUUAGAAGCUCGUCGGAUUGCGACGACAGGUGACGUAGAGAUGGUGGUAUACGCUCCCCAGUUUUACUUGUAUGAGCAGUUAACGACAGUACUACCCGAAGGUCUAAUGCUGACAGGCAUUGCAGCUGCCGCUAUCUGCGCUUCUUCAUCUCUCCUCGUACCCCAUUGGACGGGUGGGUUCGUUGUCGUCAUUUCCGGUGCUUCGGUCAUGGUAGGAGUUGUCGGGUACAUGGCAUUGUGGGAUGUCAAGUUCGACGUCGUUUCGACCGCCGCCAUCUUGGCAAGCGUCGCGCUAGCGACUGACAUUCCAGCGCACGUGACGUAUGCUUACGUUGUGGCCCAUCGGAUCUCAAAUCCCAGCAACUGUGUUGUUGCGGCAAUGCACACUGCCGGCAUGCCGGCGGCACAGUCAGCCGUCUCCACUAUCCUUAGCGUGAUCCUCCUUGCAGUCUUUCCCGCCGAAACUUCCCGCGUUUUCUUCAAGAUAAUUCUCCUUACCGCCUUGUUCAGCACCGCUCACAGCUUCCUCUUUCUGCCCGUUCUUCUCGGUGUUAUGAGCCCGUGUUUCCCGACGAAAUCCAACCGAAAGAAGGCCGGAACUCCUUCGGACGGGGGCAGGACUAACGCCGACGAGUCUGGCAUUAGUGCCCCGUGGCAGGAGCAUCUCGACCAACUGGACAAACACAUCUCGCUAUGGGAACAGACGGAGUUCCGCUCAACAAUAAGCGACGCAACCCCCUCAGCAAUAGGGAGCCGCAUGCUUUCUACGUUCUCUUCCCUUUCAACCUCUCCCACGGCAGAUUCACUUUACCGUGGACGAGCGGAAAGACAGAACCCUCGAAAGACACCCCAGAGGUCUAACUCCAUGUUCGAAGGACCACGCACAUCUCUGGAUCUGUCUCUCUUUGAGACCAGGCAAAGAGACCAGCUGCGUCGAAUGUCUUCCCGUGACGUCGUCAUGCCAUCGGCGAGACUAGCCAAUCAGCAGCGGCAAGACAGAAGCGUCAUCGAUGGGGCCCAAUCUUCCCGUCGUCUGUACAAACAUGGGAAGAAAGAAGCCCAAGACUCCAUGCGCUACAGACUGGUCUUUCCUCACGAGGACUAUUACCGCCAAGCGACGCGGAACGGAAUCGCCGUCGUACACCGUCGGGAGAGUUCGGGCGAGUCGACGACCCGACCGAUGUUUGCCGAAGACGCCCCCGAAUAUUCCCGACCGUGGCUGCACAAGCAAGACUCGCGUAUUUCCGUUAUUUCAAACCCGCGUUCGGUGUCAUCCAUCGAGGAAGAGCUGAUCACACCGCGGGCGGUUGUUGGACACCCGCUACCGGGCAUGCCCAAACGACCUUUGCGAAAGUCUCGCGAACCCUCGCGAGAUUUCUCUUCACCGCGAGAUCAUGAAUAUGACCCUCGUCCAGAAACCAAUGUUCGGAACGAACGCAUGUCUCUGCCCGUGAUACCGCAGCUACCAGACCCCCAGAAGCACACAGACCAAAGAGGAUCCGUCGAUCAUGCCAAACCAAAGAUUCGCUACUCGGGUGACGUGCACCAAAAGAACACCAAUAAACUCCUCGAUGCAGAAAUGAAGGCAUGGAUCGGGUGGGUGAUGGAUUUGAAACGCCAGGACAUGGAAGUUUCUAUCAUAUGAGAGGCAUUUCGAUAGAUAUAUCUAUUGAAGACUCUGUCUAGACUUCACCUGCCUCCAGUCAGGGUCAUUCAUUACACAGAUAUCACUGUAAAUGUGUAGCGAAAGACAUCUUUGAAAUUUGCAGUAUGUUACUUUGCUGUUUUUCCAAU